AUGGCAUCAAUAGGGGAAUUCGAUCCUCUCAACACCAGAGUCCCUGCAACUAAAAUAGAAGUUACCGUGUCGUGCAGGACUCUGUUGGAUGUGGAUACGUUCUCCAAGUUAGAUCCUGUGGUCGUGCUGUAUUUGCAGGCUGUGGGAACUAAAGAAUGGAGGGAGUUUGGCAGGACGGAGGUAAUCGAUAACACUCGGAAUCCAGAUUUCGUCAGGAAGUUUGUCCUGGAUUUCUUCUUUGAAGAGAAGCAGAAUUUAAGGUUUGAUGUGUACAAUGUGGACUCCAGAAGCUGCAACAUAUCCAAACACAAGGACUUUCUGGGCCAGACCUUCUGUACACUUGGAGAAAUCAUCGGCUCCACGGGAGGACGGCUGGAGAGGACCCUCUCUGGGAUUCCAGGGAAGAAGUGUGGAGUCAUUAUCUUUGCUGCAGAGGAGCUCAGUAACUGCAGGGAUAUUGCCACCAUGCAGUUGUGUGCCAACAAGCUGGAUAAGAAAGACUUUUUUGGCAAGUCCGACCCAUUCCUGGUUUUCUACCGCAGUAAUGAGGAUGGAACGUUCACCAUCUGCCAUAAGACGGAGGUGAUUAAGAACACACUGAACCCGGUGUGGCAGCCCUUCACUAUACCCGUCAGAGCUCUCUGCAAUGGUGACUACGACAGGACGGUGAAGGUAGACGUCUAUGACUGGGAUCGAGAUGGAAGCCAUGACUUCAUUGGCGAGUUCACCACCAGCUACAGAGAGCUGUCUCGGGGGCAGAACCAAUUCAAUGUCUAUGAGGUUUUGAAUCCCAAGAAGAAAGGCAAAAAGAAGAAAUACAUCAAUUCCGGGACUGUAACUCUGCUGUCCUUCAAAGUGGAGUCCGAGUAUACCUUCGUGGAUUUCAUCAGAGGAGGAACACAACUGAACUUCACGGUGGCGAUAGAUUUCACAGCAUCCAAUGGUAACCCAUCCCAGCCCACCUCCCUCCAUUAUAUGAGCCCCUACCAGAUGAACGCAUAUGCCAUGGCCCUGAAAGCAGUCGGAGAGAUUAUCCAGGACUACGACAGUGACAAGCUCUUUCCUGCCUAUGGCUUCGGAGCUAAGCUGCCCCCUGACGGCAAAAUCUCCCACGCAUUCCCACUGAGCGGGGACGGCGAUAAUCCAAACUGUGUGGGCAUCGAGGGAGUCCUGGAGGCCUAUUUCCAGAGCCUGAGGACGGUGCAGCUGUACGGACCCACCAACUUUGCGCCGGUUAUCAACAAAGUGGCAGCGUCGCUCCCUCUGUCCAUCAUCAUCGUGGGUGUUGGGCCCGCUGAGUUUGACGCUAUGGAGGAGCUGGAUGGAGAUGAGGUGAGAGUAUCCUCCAGAGGACGUCUUGCUGAGAGAGACAUCGUUCAGUUUGUUCCGUUCAGAGACUACAUCGACAGAUCCGGCAACCAGGUCCUGAGCAUGGCCCGGCUGGCCAAAGACGUCCUCGCCGAGAUCCCCGACCAGCUGCUGUCCUUCAUGAAGAGCCGAGGAGUUGAACCUCGACCGGCCCUCUCCUCCUCCCCGCUACCGGAGCUGCACCGACACAUCUAACGCCCACCUCUGCUCCUC